AUGAUUAUCCCUAUUCGCUGCUUCUCCUGCGGAAAGGUCACGGGGGAUCUGUGGGAGCGCUACCUCCAGCUCAUUGCCGACCCUCGGAAGACGGACGGAGAUGCCAUGGACGAGCUCGGCCUGAAGCGAUACUGCUGCCGCCGCAUGAUCAUGACACACGUGGACUUGAUUGAGAAACUGCUCAAGUACACUCCAGACGGCCGGAACGAAAAGAAGCAACGGCUCAACGAGCUUGCCUAG